AUGAAGGAAGAUCUAAAAAGUCUAAAAGAAAACUUUCUGCGGAUCGUUGAGGCGGCCCGGUACGAAGAGCGCUCCCAAUUGAGUAAAACAACCGCUAGUUUAUACGAUACAUCACAAGUUCAAGUCCGAGCGGCGAAAAUCGUUCUUGCAGGAGAAAACCUCAUGAAACUGAUUGCAGAACUUAAAACUUUCCUCGUAAUCUACGAUUUCCCAGCUAUCAACGAAAAUCUUAAAAAACGAAAUAGCGCCCUUGAUGAAGAGACGAAAAAGAUCAAGUCGAAUCUUUUAUCAAUCCGCGAGGAACUUGGCGAUCAACUUUAUCCAGGCGAGGAUGAGUACUACUCUACCUUGCGUCCGCUAAAGUCCACGGUCUAUUCGCAACCGGAUACGGAGCCCGAAAACUUCAUUCAAAACGGGCAUAGAAGUAACCUUCCCCAACCAAUGCAAAACUAUGUUCAGAUCGUUGAUGAUCCUAUUAUGGAAGGGGGCCGCGCAAAUGGUGAAAACGGUCUCGUCAGUAGUCUCGCGCUGUUGCCCGAUCCCCAAGAGCAUAUUUGCUUCGACAAGAGUGAAUUUAUGCGUGACAAUCACCGGGUCGAACAAUUCGUCUCAGACUGCAGGAGGCGUGUUCCACUUGAAAAACUGAGAGAAGACCUUGAACAAUACUUUCGCCUACUAAAAACUGCCAUGGUUGACCUUAUUAACAAAGACUACGCUGAAUUUGUGAACUUGUCCACAAACCUUGUAGAUCUUGAUAAAGCUAUAAAUCAGCUGAAACCUCCCCUCACUCGAAUCAAAAGCGACGUAGAAAUUAUCGCCUCUGAAAUAGACUCCGGACUCUGUCGAAUAAAAAGCCUUCUGGAACGAAAGAGAGAGAUCCUGUCUAAGAAGCUACUUUUGAAGCAUAUGAUCGGCCUACAAGAAAAGCUCAUGCUACUGGAGACAAAUGAAGCGCUCCCUCUGCACGAGUCCGCAGAAAUUUGGAAUCAGCUCCAGCAUCACUCUAAAAACACAAAAGGAACCGCUUUAGCUGCAGAGCUAACAGACCGCAUCUCAUUUGUUGAAAGUCGCUUCCUGGAUCGACUUGAGAACGCUUUUAUUGAUGCUCUUGGUGACGAGAAUCUUGAUAGCCUCCACAUGAUUCUCUGGUCCUUCUCCUCUAUUGAUAGAGCAUCUGUCGCAGAGUCUCUCGUCCGUCAGCAUUUGUGCAAGCCCUACGUCAAGCAGUGCUUCUCCGAAAAGACAACCAACGAACUUAGCCAAAUUUUAAACUCACUGCUCGAUCUUGUUCCAACCUACAUUUCACCUCUGCAAAACGUAAUCGACGGCAGACACAAUGAAAAAUCACCGAUCUACGGGUUUGAUUUCAUCACCAACAGUGUCUUUCCAGAAAUAGUAUCCGGCUUACAGCGAUAUUUACCUAGUCUAUUUAUCCCCUCCGAAAAUGUUCAUGAUUUCCGUGAGCGCUACAUUCUAUCGAUGGACUUUCUAGAUCAGCUGGAACGUCAGUGCUCGUCACAGUCUUCCGUUAUACGCCUUCGUAGCGAGCAAAGUUACCACACGUUCCACUCUUCUUUCUCCCUUGAAAGCUAUUUUUCAAUUGUUUCCAAAGAAAUCAUUCAAGAAUGCGAAGAUGCCUUUAAAUCUGAUUUACAACGUGACAAAUCAGCAGAUGCUGUUUUUAAUCUUGUAAUUACAACGAGGAUAACGGAGUUACUGAGAAAGUGCCUCUCAGAAGAUACUAUGUUGCCUCCUGCCCGUCACAAUUUUUUCCUGCUUCAAAUUCAGAUCAUCUUCCGCUUCAGCAAGUGGGCAUCUGUGCAAAUCGCAGUUUGCUCAGACUAUGGCGAAGAUAUUGAUUAUGCCUCGCUUGUCUGUCUACACGAAGAUCUAUUAAAAUUGAGCACUUUUAUUCCAACUCUCUUCCAAAUAGAAGAUACAGUUAAUGAGUCCGAGACCAUCUUCUCCGCUGCCCACGACGAGAUCAGGAAACGUAUAAGCGAGUCUGUCACUCUCAUAAGAAAAUACGUUCAAGAUCAUAUAAUUGCUCGGUGUCUACCAUUGGUGAAGUCGGUAAACGACAUUCCUCGUCAAUAUCGAAGGACGCAGAGAGUGCCGCCAACAGAGGCGUCUCCUUAUAUUCAGCAACUUUGCGCACCAAUAAGCGAUUUUUGUGAAAAAUGUCCUAAUGUGAACAACUGGACAGAAACUCUCUACGAUAGCAUUGUGGUCGAAUUCCAAAGCACCAUUGUUGACGUCUUAGAAGCUAGCCGCAAGAUGGAAGCAAGUUUAGCAAAAUUGCAACAAAUGCGUAAAAAGCAACAGGGUAAAAACGAUGAUGGACUUAGUGAUGACGAAAAAAUUAGGAAACAAAUUCAACUUGAUGUUGAGUCUUUCAUUCAAAGGUUCCGCGAUCUUGGCGUCCCAGAGACGAACAAAAACGUGCAAAGUCUUCAAGAACUUAUUAGCUUCUGA